AUGUUCGAGAAGAACUCUGGUCCAUCACUACCAGAGUCAACAUCGGGAGCAACAGGCGAUAGUACUGAUCAAUCAACGGGCAAGACAUCCUAUGUCAUGAUUCGAAAAGUACCCAAAUCAGCUGAGGAAUUACUGGAGCUUCGCGUCGCUGUCGUUGGAAACGUUGAUGCCGGAAAGUCUACUUUGCUAGGAGUCCUUACUAAAGGCGUCCUUGAUGAUGGACGUGGAAAGGCACGAGUCAAUUUGUUCCGACAUAAACACGAGAUUGAUUCCGGCCGAACAUCGUCCGUAGGUAUGGAAAUUUUGGGGUUUGAUGCCAAAUCGCAGCCUGUUUCUACCCUGGUAAACGGCAGGAAUGCUCCCUGGGACGAAAUCUGCGGAAAAGCCGCUAAAGUCUUGUCAUUUAUUGAUCUUGCUGGACAUGAGCGAUAUCUCAAGACUACGGUGUUUGGUAUGACUGGAUGCGCUCCUGAUUUCGUGAUGCUUAUGGUUGGAUCCAACGCUGGAAUUAUUGGUAUGACCAAAGAACAUCUUGGCUUGUCACUAGCUCUGGGUGUUCCUGUCCUGGUUGUUAUCACAAAGAUCGACAUGUGCCCGCCUAACGUAUUAGAGAAUACAGUAAAGCAGCUAACGAAGAUUCUCAAGUCUGCUGGAUGCCGAAAAAUCCCCAUGUUUGUCAAGUCGCAUGAGGACGUUGUGGUUACAGCAGGCAAUUUUGUUAGUGAGCGUAUCUGCCCUAUCUUCCAAGUCAGUAACGUUACUGGUGAAGGUCUAGAUUUACUCAAAAACUUUUUGAACGUAUUACCUAUCAGUCAAAAGUAUAAUAAGGAUGAGCCUGUUGAGUAUCAGAUUACGGACACUUUCUCUGUUCCCUUUGUUGGAACUGUUGUCAGUGGAGUGGUCAUGAACGGAAUUGUUCAUGCGGGUGAUCAGCUGUACCUUGGACCGGAUGGCAAUGGAGCGUUUCAAAUGGUGACCGUCAAGAGUAUUCAGCGCAAGCGACUAAAUGUUCCUUUAGCUUGUGCGGGCCAAAGUGCCUCCUUCGGAUUAAAGAAGGUGCGUCGAUCCACUAUCCGAAAAGGAAUGGUAAUGCUGGACAAGGAAACAACCCCCCCACCUCGAGGAUGUCGAGAGUUUGAAGCUGAGAUCCUUGUGCUGUACCAUUCUACCACUAUCGGCCACAAGUAUCAAGCCAUGUUGCAUUGCGGUGCUGUUCGCCAAACAGCACGUGUUCUGGCGAUGGAUAAACCCGAUCAAAUCUUGCGUACAGGAGACCGUGCCACUGUCCGAUUCCAAUUCCUUCAGCCUGCCUAUCUAAAAAUCGGAGCUCGUUUGAUUUUCCGAGAGGGUCGAACCAAAGGAAUAGGAAAAGUGUCCAAGAUAAUCGCGUGA